AUGGCCAACUACUCUGCCCAAGACGACAUUUUCUCAAGCUCAAACUUUUUAUCUGCUUCCUCCAAAAAGUCCCCGGUCAAGGCAGUCAACGCUCGCAAGUCAUCAGCUUCGUUGCGCGGUGCUCCCGUCCUCGCCAAUGGCACCAGUGACGACGCGCCCAACGGCCGACACCAUUCACUGGCGCAUGAACUGGCUGUGGCUCUUAUGCCAGAGCCGACAGCAGGCUCGAAGCUCUUGGCCGAAGAGUUCGGGAUAGAAUUCGACGAAGGGGCGGAAGGGAUCGACGAAGAAGACGAAGACGGAGUGUCAACCCAUCCCAGCGAACACAUCUCUGAAGCAGACCACGACGUCCAGUUCGGAGCACACCAGCACCAACUUAAUUCUGAUAUCCCUUCAUUUGCGGACGAAUUCGCGGCACACCACCACCACAAUGACUACCACCAAGGCCCUUCUUUUGAAGAUGAAAUUUCCUCAAUGGCCGCGACGGAGGAAGAUACUCAGCAUGAUCUCGACCCUGUCUUCAACAGUCCUUCAAUCAAAAGGCAGAGGACAAGGCAGAGGACACCAGAGAAGGACGCCAUGAUCGUUUUGUCCGAGAACGUCGAGUUUGCAGACAAGUUCCUGACCCAGCUGCGCACACUGGACACUGAUCCCACCGCCACGGGCAGGGGCUCGUCGUCACAGCAACCCAUGCUGGAACGGUUGGCAUCUGACAUUGUGCGGCGGAUCAACGAGACGGCGAGGGAGAGGGAAGGUCAGGUUCGCCAAUUGUUCGACUGCGAGAGAGAAUUUAAGAAGAUCAGUGGAGAGGUCAACGGCGCGGACGCUCUGGGCAACCUGGAUGAGCUCGAACAAAUCGAGGACUUGACAGAUCCUCCACCGUCGAGCUCGAACCUCAAUCAGACCUUGCGUGUGGAAUCACGACAACUCCAUACGCUCGAGGAAGAGCCUUCGUCUCCAGCUGCACACAAUCUUUCGAACCCCUACAACGACUGGGAGCUGGAUCCAGAUAGAAACCAUCUCGGAGACGCCGACCCGGAUUAUGAUGCAUCUCCGCCAACCUCUCCCGUUAAAGACUCCUUCCCUCCUCCACCUCAACUCGCAGGCCCCGUCACGCCAGCCAAGGUCCUCGUCCACUUAUCACAUAUCCGUACUGUCACAACCACAGUCGUAUCCUCGUUAUCCUCGAUAUCAGAGCACGCCCAGGUCACGGGCGUUGCCACCACCGACGCCGGUCGCAAGAUACGUUCCUUGAAGAACAAACUCGGAGAUCUCAAGACAGAGUGGGAGAACGCCGAGAAGAGCAAGGCCAGGAUCGAGAGAUGGGAGGCCGGCAUCUCCGAAACAGACGAGAACAAGUCAGUUCUGUUGUCCCCUUCACGACCCUCGAAACGUAUAGACGGAAGGAAGAUCGUCCAAGAACACCUGCAGGCUUUCGAACAAGCCUUAGUAGAAGCAGCGCUCAAGACUCAAGCUAUUAUGGCUCGCUCGGCAUGA